CAGUUACGAAAGGCCCUUUAUUAACACACGUAAAGCCGCAGAAGAGGAUACUGAGUAUUUGGAAAUUUAGAAUAACUUACCGAUUUCGCGCCUGCGCAGGAGGCUCUUCCCUCUACUGGCCAGGAGUCGAAGGUUAUCAGAUAGAGUGAGUGGCGCAGUGCUCUACCUGAGAAUUCAUUAGCGGUCCCUUGCUCCCACUAAAUGAGGGCAAGGCACACACAGUGGUCGUUAACGGGCCUCUUAUAAGGACGGCGCGUUUGUCGUGUCGGCUGCUCUAAAACAGGGUGCUGCGCAUCGGCGAAACGUCUUUUGGCACCGGGCAGGGGCGAGUCACCCCCAAUAUAGUUUUCUUGACUUUGGUGCUCGUGAGGAAGUCUGAUUUAGAAUUUCCUGAACGUGCGUUAAGUCAGCUGCAAUAAGCGGUACAAAAGGCAAGGACAAGUCUGAAUCAACCAAACCCUGUUAAAAAGAGUCAACAGAAAAUUUUCGUAUUGGCAUCCAGAAAUUUGUUGGAGAACGAACACGCUCGGGUUGCAGCCUAGUGAUUCUUCAACUACACCGCGGAUUUUUUCACUCAGCCUCAGACAAAACCUCACACACCACUUGAUCGGUUUCGACAAGGGAGCAAAAGAGGAAACAACCGUCAGACUUGGCACCAAUAUCAAUAUCUCAGGGAUAUUUCUGUCGACCAUAAUGGAGAAAGUUACUUUAAUUGGACUAUGUGCGUUGGUAGUGGCGUCAUUCACAAGCACAUCUGCGGAGCCAAUCCAUCCCUGUCGUUUCUGGAACAACUACAUCCGUGACACCAUGGACCUGUGCGUAUUCUGGCAGUGCGUUCCCCAUCUGAGAGACUUCAGCGCCAAGGGGGGCUGGUCGUUCCGGCCGGUCAAAAUGCCCUGUGCUCCCGGCACCAGUGUUCUUCCUAGCUAUAAAGACGGGAGGAAGAACAUGUUCGACCCCUAUAUUGAUGAGAAUGGGAAGUUUAUGAACGUCAAUCCGUGCGUGGGACCUAGGAUUGAAAAAUGUAUCAGGGUGGAGUGGACUGCCUGGACGUCGUGGGGAAGCUGUAGCGAGGCGUGUGGUCCUGGUAAGCAAGUCCGUAUGAGAACGUGUCCCAAAGCCGGCGCCUGCCCAGGAGACGAAACUGAAGAACGGCCCUGCGAUUUAGGACCUUGCAUGAGUGAGUGGAGCGUGUGGGGUAUGUGCAGCGCCACCUGUGGUGGUGGGGAGAAACGCAGGACCAGAACAUGUAAAGGGGACUGCUUGGGCAUGUUCACGGAGGAAAUUCGUGCGUGUGGGAUGGAGCCAUGUAUUGGGGAGUGGGUAGCGUGGGAAUCCGUUCAAUGCAGCGCUCCCUGUGGUGGUGGCACUCAAACCAGAACGAGGCCAUGCAGCGGAUACUGCGCUGACGUGGAAACGUCUCAGACAAGGACAUGCAAUACGCAACCUUGCAUUAAAGAAUGGACGAUAUGGGGCGCUUGCAGCAGGACGUGCGGCAGCGGUAGCCAGGUCAGAACCAGGCUGUGUACUGGCAACUGUGUGGACGUGGUCACAGAGGAGACACGCCCUUGUGGACUAGCACCUUGCAUUGGCGAGUGGGUGGCAUGGGAUUCUCUGUCACUGACCCAGACAUGCAGCGCCCCCUGUGGAGGAGGCUUACAAACCAGAACGAGGCCAUGUGAAGGAAAUUGCGCAAACGUGGAAACAUCACAAUCUAGACCAUGUAACACACAGCCAUGUCUUUUAGAAUGGUCCUCUUGGGGCGUUUGCAGCAAGACAUGUGGAAGCGGUAACCAGGUCAGAUCACGAGUUUGCAAUGGAUACUGUGAGGGGAAAAGCUUACAAGAAAUGCAGUCUUGUAAUAUGCAGCCGUGCCUGGGAAUGUGGAGUGUGUGGGGCUCUUGCAGUGUAACUUGUGGCGGAGGUGAGCAGAUGAGAUCGAGGUCGUGUGAAGGAAGAUGCCAAGGGAUCCAAACUCGGGAAUAUCAGCCAUGCGCUCCACAGCCAUGCAUCGGUAACUGGGCACCAUGGGGUAGAUGCAGUGUAAGCUGUGGUGGUGGAAAACAAAUGAGAUCCAGAACAUGUAGUGGAAACUGUCUUGGUGUUUCCACAGAGGAAACCAGAACAUGCAGUGAACAGCCUUGCAUCGGUAACUGGGCACCAUGGGGUAGCUGCAGUGUCAGCUGCGGAGGUGGCAGUCAGAUGAGAUCCAGAACAUGCAGUGGAAACUGUCUUGGUGUCAGCACAAAAGAAACCAGAUCAUGCAGUGAACAGCCUUGCAUCGGUAACUGGGCUCCGUGGGGCAGCUGCAGUGUUACCUGUGGAGGCGGCAGCCAGCGAAGAACUAGAACUUGCAGCGGAAACUGCCUCGGUGUCAGCACGGAUGAAAACAGGGCCUGCAAUGAGCAACCUUGUAUCAGUAAUUGGGCGCCAUGGGGCAGAUGUAGCGUCACCUGUGGCGGCGGAAGUCAACUCAGAAGAAGAACGUGUAGUGGAAAUUGUGUUGGUGUCAGCACACAAGAAACUAGAACGUGUGGCGAGCAGCCAUGUAUAAGCGAAUGGGCGUUGUGGGGCAGGUGCAGCGUGUCUUGUGGCGGAGGAAUACGCAUACGUGAACGGUUGUGUUCUGGCAACUGUGUGGGCGUGGUCACAACCGAGAAGGAGGCUUGUAAUACAAACACGUGCCCAAUCUGGGCUGAGUGGUCGGAGUGGAGCCGGUGCUCAGUGAACUGUGACGGUCCGGGAGAACAGCUUCGCACGCGUACCUGCAUGUACGGGGGCACCCCAGGGGUGGACUGCCCGGGCCUUGCGUCACAGACACAGAUGGGCUGUAACCCACAAGCCUGUAAAUGUGAAAACAUCGACUACAAGAACUUGGACACACCCGAUGACGGCGAUGGCGACUGGGAGAUUGACAUAGAUAGAGGUUGCCCACCUGCCGACGCUGACGGAAUCCCUUACGUGGCAGUUGCUAUUACCUGCAGACGCGUGGACACAAAAGAGGACUGGAGUCAGUCUAUCCCCAAUGCUCCAAUGCCCCCCAACACCGACACGCCGUUUGCCAUCCCUUGCCUAGCAUCCGGUACCCCAGAGACCUUCUUCCUCAAGGGUUUCGUCUGUAACCAUGCCAACGCGAAGAAGGUACCCGGAUGGGAAAAGAAAUGCCCGGAUUUUGAGGUCGCCGCUAGGUGUUGCCAGCAAAAGAUGCCUUCAAUGCCCAAUAAUUCCACUUAUGUUAAGAAUAGAUAAUUUCGUUAGAUCGCUAGUGAAAGAAUUAAUUGUCAUCGGUGCUAUACACAUUGCUCAAAGAAGUGAGGAUCUUUUUGUUAAUUACAUGUACAGUAGGCCUAAAACGUCGGUUUUCCUUGAAUUUUGUACUCGAGUUCUCGUAAUUGUUAGUUAGAGACAUAUGAAUUAUAUACGGGUAACGUCAAAUUUGUUUCAGUUGUAUACGGAUUAUUAUUUUUCUCAUAGUUUUUCUGAGCGCCUGCCAAUUGCUCUGAUAUGACCAAAAUAGAUAGGUGCUACACGCUAUAUAUAAGAAAACAUUUUACAAAGUGGACAUCUUUCAUGAAAAUGCCCGACAAACAAAAUACCCCAGAUCAAAAGAAAAAAGAAAGAAGUUAAUUCUAUUAAAAAGGAAAUUGCAUCAUAUGCAUAUUUUAUGCUAUUCUAGCAAAAGUCUUGGUAAACCAUCAAGUCAUACCUUAUCCACACGUGUCUGUAAAUUGUGCCAAGAAAAUGUUGUGAGGGAUAUUACGUUUUAGUAAGUAUACGAUGCAUACAUAUAUUAGCGGUAGCUUCAAUCGCAAAUCACUAUCUCCAUCUCUAUGUGUACAUGUACAGGAUAUAUAACGUUGGAGUACAGUGAUCAGCACAAAAAAACUGGAUAGAGACAGAUAGUGAAAGUAAAAACAGAGAGUUGAUAUUCUAUUUCCUUCGUUCUUUCUUUCUUUAUUCAUUUAUUUUAUUCGGCAAAAUUAAAAACUAUUUAUUAGGUCAUUUUUUCUAGUUUUCUAAAACCUGUUACUUGUAUGUUUGGCUGUAUUAGCUCACAAUAUACUCGCAAAAUAAAAUUGAUAUCAUUUUCAUGGCACAUCACUUUAUAGAACAUCAUGAAGACUAACCAUUUUGCUGACCUUAGGUUUGAUGUCAAAUGUGAAAUGUGAUAUUUUCGAUAAGAAAACUAUUAGUAAAUGUUCAGUCCUUUCUAAUGGAAAAAUGCAUAAGGUCUCGUUACCAUUAGCUCUUUUGGUCUUUGGAGCACGUUUACUUUUUAUUUCUACAAUUCUAUGCGGCAUUAAACUAUUUUACAUCUACUGGGUAAUUCAUUUGUGUUGGUGUAAAAAAUCGUCUUUUCUGUUGUUAGUCUGUUAUUAUUAUUAUUAUAAUAAUAAUUAUUAUUAUUAUUUUGGAGACAACCAAUCUGUUGCCGCAAUUCAACUCGAUGAAUAUUCCAGUUUGCCCGGUCACAUCCAUUAUAACUCAUAGUCAAGAUUGUAUAGUUGAAUCCAAAAGGUAAUUUAUUCAAGAAUUGUAUACAAACUGUUGAGCAAUUAAUAAAUACCAUCAGUUGUA